GAUUAUUAAGUAAAGCCUUUUAUAAAUUUGAACAGUUGAAAUAUAUUUAUCGACUGCCCGAGAAUGUUUGCCCUCCGACUAUGCACCCAAGUAUCCAGAGUGCCGUUCGAGGCCUUUAAUUUUGGACGCGGUGGCAGCAUGCGAGGCCUCAAGGUCGCCGUCGUGGGUGCGGUGGGUGGCAUUGGUCAGCCGCUGACCCUGCUCCUCAAGCAGAAUCCGCACAUCUCGGUGCUCUCGAUACACGACAUUCGGAACACGGCCGGAGUGGCGGCGGAUCUGUCGCACAUCAAUACCCCGGCCACUGUGUGCAACUUCGAGGGAAAGAGUGGCCUCAAGAAGGCGAUGGAUAAGGCAGAUAUAGUGGUGAUUCCGGCGGGAUUGCCCCGUAAGCCGGGAAUGCGACGUGAGGAUCUGGUGGACGUGAAUGCCAGCGUGGCCUGCGAGGUGGCCCAUGCGGCCAGUGCCGUUUGUCCCGGCGCCCUGCUCGCCUUCAUCACGAAUCCCAUCAAUGUGAUAGUACCCAUCGUUGCCACGAUCCUCAAGGCGAAGGGAACGUAUGAUCCGAACCGACUCUUUGGUGUGACGACCCUCGAUGUGGUGCGAUCGAAGACUUUUAUCGGUGACAUCCUUAACGUUGACCCAAGGACUGUGGAUUUGCCCGUCAUCGGUGGCCACACCGGCCACACCAUCCUGCCCAUCCUGUCGCAGUGCCAACCGCUUUACAAGGGCUCCGACGAGGAGCGUCAGGCCCUGAUCCGUCGCAUCCAGGAGGCGGGCACAGAGGUGGUCAAGGCCAAGGAUGGCCUCGGAUCGGCCACCCUAUCGAUGGCCUAUGCCGCCUAUCACUUCGUGGAGUCGCUAAUUAAGGGAAUAAAGGGAUCGAAGGACGAGUGCAUUGUGGAGUGUGCCUAUGUGGAUUCGGAUGUCACCGAGGCCAAGUUCUUUGCCACCCAGCUCAUCCUGGGACCCCAGGGCAUCAAGGAGAACAUCGGACUCCCCGAAAUGGACGAUGAGGAGAAGCAGGCCCUCGAGUGCAUGCUGCCAAACUUGAAGAAGAGUAUCGAAAACGGAAUUAAGUUGGGCGAGGAAAUGUCCUGUUGACUUUAAUUAAAAUAUUUUUAAUGACUUUGAUUUUUAGAAUCAAUAAAAUAAAUUAGUUAGUUUUUCAUUAAAAAAAAGUA